UGGCACCAAGGGAGCAUGGGCGUGUGAUCCCGAAGGGCUGGGAGUGCUACGUAUUACCGUUUGUGGCUCUACCAAAACCCAUGACCCUGCUGCGCCUGCGUAUAUGGGUUCUGGCCCAGGAUGCAGAGGUAGUAGACGCUCGCUUGGUCGGUCGUUUCUUUCUGCCGCUCGAUGGUUUAGGAGGCAAAUAGCCUCCAAAACAUAGACCAACCCAGCAGCCAUGCCAACAAUGCCAUCGUCGAAAAAGAUACCGCAACAAAUGAAGGUGCUGGUUGAGAUGGUGGCAAGACAGGAAAAAGCGGGCGGGACCCACGAGAGCAAGACCUUCAACUACUACUACAACCUCAAGCUCUUUGCCUACGACAAGCUCCUCCUGGUGCACUCAUCCACGCUGGCCGAGCUAGAUAUCGGCAUCCUGCAGGCGGCCAAGCUCCGCAACCAGCCCCGCGUCGUGACGCGCUUCAAAGCGGACCUCCACAUCAGGAACUGCAGGCGGAGCAAGGGGCACGCCACGGUGCGCGCGGCGAGGGAGGACUACCUCGGGCAGGUUCGGAGAGACGUCGACGUGGCCAAGCGGCUAGCGGAGCAGGUCAAGGACCUCGGUGUCAACUUCCAGGGCCACGCCGUGUCCGAGAUGGGGGUCUGUCAGGUGGUCCCGGGGGAGGCGCCUGAGAGCGAGUUCGAAGACGCGAUCCACGAAGCCGAGCUCCUGGCCCGGCCGGUGCCCAGCGCCAGGGAUUGAUGAAAUGACUUUGUUUGAACACCGAGGUGAUACGGAGGCUUUGUUUCGUUUCGCGCGGGCAGUUUCUCAGAGGGAAAAGCGAAGGAAGGAUAGAAUUGGCAUCGUUAUCGACCUAAUGAUGGAAAGUUAUUGUUAGCUGCACCAAUCAAAGUCCCUUUUUGUUUCGGCGAA